UUUGACUGACAGGCGCUCGGCUGGCAGCUCCGUGCCAUGCAUGCUUCCUCGCUGCCGGAUGGAGACACUCUCAGACGGGGACAACACACACACCGAGAGAGAGACACACUUCUUCCCGUCCUUUUGCUGGAACCGAACACGGCGCUAACUAACUGACGACGACACCCGCCGGAACAUGUCGAGUCGUCGUCGGCGGCUCUUUUAGCCUACAGAACGCCCGCCCUCGCCAUCGACUCGCCCGGUGCAAGUGGCAUCGAUUACCGCCCCCCCUUGGAAGCCAGGACGGUUGGAUGGAAGACGGCUAGAGCUACUGGUGUCCUCAUCGUGGAUCUUCUUUAUUAUUAUUAUUAUUAUUGAAUUUUUUUGUUUUUUAUAAAAAAAAAAAUAUAUUUUUUGUGACCCGGACUAAUAAGCGGCUGCCUCGGGGGCCAUCUCUGCCAUGGCCGCCGGGGAGCCUCUGAGGACCACUUUCGUCCCUUUUCGCUCAUUUUCGCUCCCGACUCGGAGGGAAACGCCGUUCUAGUGCUGCUAUUCCGGGCAGCUCCCCACUACACACCACCGCACUCCCAGCGGGCGUGUGCGCGCUGAUAUUCGGCUAAAAAAAAAAAGAAAAAAAAAAAAGGCGACAGUAAAGCUUUUUCUUCCGCCCGGAGCAACAUGGCGGGCGAGCGGGGCUGGGGACGCGGGCACAGGCUCGCCCUGGCUCCUCCAUGCUAGCCGAGGCGGAUGGCAGCGCCAGCUCUAUGCGGACAAACAGCGACCCUCAGCCCAAAGCGGACUCCUCGAUCCUCAUCUCCAAGAUGGAAGCCGUCGUCAUUCCCUUCUCGUCCGAGGUGCCCUGCGACAAUAACGGGCAGCGCAUGUGGUGGGCGUUCCUCGCCUCCUCCAUGGUGACCUUCUUCGGGGGACUCUUCAUCAUCCUGCUGUGGAGGACCCUCAAGUACCUGUGGACUGUUUGCUGCCACUGCAACGUUAAACACAAGGAGGCUCAGAAAGUGAACAACCCUGCCAACAACCAGGCAGCAGACAAGGCACUAAAGAAUCCUGAUGAAAAGGAGGAGGUCCCGAUCAGCGAGGUGGGAUGGAUGACUUCGGUCAAAGACUGGGCCGGUGUCAUGAUCUCUGCUCAGACGCUCACCGGCAGAGUUCUGGUGGUGUUAGUAUUUGCACUCAGCAUCGGGGCGCUUGGAAUAUACUUCAUUGACUCCUCAGACCCUAUAGAGUCCUGUCAGAACUUCUACGAAGACUUCACGUUACAGAUCGAUAUGGCCUUCAACGUCUUCUUCCUGCUUUACUUCGGUCUGCGGUUUAUCGCAGCCAACGACAAGCUGUGGUUCUGGCUGGAGGUCAACUCGGUGGUGGACUUCUUCACCGUCCCGCCCGUCUUCGUGUCCGUCUACCUAAACAGAAGCUGGCUGGGUUUGAGAUUCCUAAGAGCACUAAGAUUGAUACAGUUCUCGGAAAUCUUGCAGUUUUUGAACAUCUUGAAAACAAGCAAUUCCAUCAAGCUGGUGAACCUGUGUUCCAUCUUCAUAAGCACAUGGCUUACCGCUGCGGGAUUCAUACAUUUGGUGGAAAACUCAGGGGAUCCUUGGGAAAACUUCCAAAACUCCCAGCCGCUCUCCUACUGGGAAUGUGUCUACCUACUGAUGGUGACCAUGUCCACAGUGGGAUAUGGGGAUGUCUAUGCAAAAACCACCUUGGGGCGCCUCUUCAUGGUCUUCUUUAUCCUCGGCGGUUUGGCCAUGUUUGCCAGCUACGUCCCUGAAAUCAUAGAGUUAAUAGGAAACCGCAAGAAAUAUGGCGGUUCCUAUAGUGCGGUUAAUGGGAGAAAGCAUAUUGUGGUCUGUGGUCAUAUUACCCUCGAAAGUGUCUCCAACUUCCUCAAAGACUUCCUACACAAGGACAGGGAUGAUGUCAAUGUAGAAAUUGUUUUUCUCCAUAAUAUUUCCCCUAAUCUUGAGCUGGAAGCCUUGUUCAAACGCCAUUUUACCCAAGUAGAGUUCUACCAGGGAUCUGUGCUCAACCCCCACGACCUGGCUCGAGUCAAGAUCGAGUCAGCGCAUGCCUGCCUCAUCCUGGCCAACAAAUACUGUGCAGAUCCUGAUGCGGAAGACGCCUCCAACAUCAUGAGGGUCAUCUCCAUCAAAAACUACCACCCCAAGAUCAGAAUUAUCACACAGAUGCUUCAAUAUCACAAUAAGGCCCAUCUGCUGAACAUUCCAAGCUGGAACUGGAAGGAGGGCGACGACGCCAUCUGCCUGGCCGAGCUGAAGGCGGGCUUCAUCGCCCAGAGCUGCCUGGCCCAGGGCCUGUCCACCAUGCUGGCCAACCUCUUCUCCAUGAGGUCCUUCAUCGAGAUCGAGGAGGACACCUGGCAGAAGUAUUACCUUGAAGGAGUGGCUAAUGAGAUGUACACAGAGUAUUUGUCCAGUGCCUUUGUGGGCCUCUCCUUCCCCACCGUGUGCGAGCUGUGUUAUGUGAAGCUGAAGCUGUUGCUCAUUGCCAUCGAGUACAAGUCGGAGCAAAGAGAGAGCAGAAGCCGAAAGCGCAUCCUCAUCAACCCGGGCAACCACGUCAAGUUGCAGGAAGGAACGCUGGGGUUUUUUAUCGCCAGCGACGCGAAAGAAGUCAAGAGAGCUUUUUUCUACUGCAAAGCUUGUCACGACGACAUCACCGACGCCAAGCGGAUCAAGAAGUGCGGCUGCAAACGACCCAAAUAUAAGUAUAACGGAUAUGUCAGAUCACCAGCAGAUGGCGCUACAACACCAGGGAACAGUGGAAGCCAAAAAGAGACUGGCGUUCGAUUCAAAGCUGAUUGCAGUUUAGUCGAAGACGAGCAUCCGUCCACGCUCUCGCCAAAAAAAAAGCAGCGCAACGGAGGGAUGCGGAACUCGCCAAACUGCUCGCCCAAAAUGAUGAGUAGACACGACCCCCUUCUAAUACCUGGUAACGAACAAAUUGAAAACAUGGACAUGAAUGUGAAGAGGUAUGACUCUACCGGAAUGUUUCACUGGUGCCCGUCAAAAGACAUCGAAAAGGUUAUCCUGACCCGGAGCGAGGCCUCCAUGACGGUCCUGAGCGGCCAUGUGGUGGUCUGUAUAUUUGGGGAUGUCACGUCCGCUUUAGUGGGGCUGCGAAACCUGGUGAUGCCUUUAAGAGCUAGCAACUUUCACUUUCACGAACUCAAGCCCAUCGUUUUUGUGGGCUCGCUGGACUAUCUGCGGCGGGAGUGGGAGACGCUACAUAACUUCCCCAAGGUCUCCAUCCUGCCUGGUACGCCAUUAAGUCGGGCAGAUUUAAGGGCUGUCAACAUCAACCUCUGCGACAUGUGCGUAAUACUGUCAGCCAAUCAGAACAAUAUCGAAGAUGCUUCACUGCAGGAUAAGGAAUGCAUCUUGGCAUCGCUCAACAUCAAGUCUAUGCAGUUUGAUGACAGCAUUGGGGUCUUGCAGGCAAAUUCCCAAGGUUUCACGCCUCCCGGAAUGGACAGGUCAUCCCCAGACAGCAGCCCAGUACAUGGCUUUGUGCGUCAGGCUUCCGUCACCACCGGAUCCAACAUCCCCAUCAUCACGGAAUUAGUGAACGACUCCAACGUUCAAUUCUUGGACCAAGACGACGACGACGACCCCGACACGGAGCUGUACCUCACGCAGCCCUUCGCCUGUGGCACCGCCUUCGCCGUCAGCGUCCUGGACUCUCUGAUGAGCGCCACGUACUUCAACGACAACAUCCUCACGCUGAUCCGGACGCUGGUCACAGGAGGAGCCACGCCGGAGCUGGAGGCUCUGCUCGCCGAGGAGAACGCCCUCCGAGGAGGCUACAGUACGCCGCAGACGCUGGCCAACAGAGACAGGUGUCGCGUGGCCCAGCUGGCCCUCUACGACGGGCCCUUCGCCGACUUGGGGGAUGGCGGCUGCUACGGGGAUUUGUUCUGUAAAGCACUGAAGACGUACAACAUGCUGUGCUUUGGCAUCUACAGAUUGAGAGAUGCUCAUCUAAGCGGGACAAGCCCUUGCACAAAACGAUACGUGAUCACCAACCCGCCGUACGAGUUCGAGCUGGUGCCCACGGACUUGAUCUUCUGCCUCAUGCAGUUCGACCACAACGCGGGCCAGUCUCGGACCAGCUUGUCCCACUCGUCCCACUCCUCUCAUUCCUCCAGCAAAAAGAGCUCCUCCGUCCACUCCGUCCCGCCUUCCAACCGGCAGAACCGCAGCAGUAAAACCCGGGAAGCCAGAGAAAAACAGAAUGCAACAAGGAUGAAUAGAAUGGGUCCAGAAAAGAAAUGGUUUACAGAUGAAGCGGACAACGCCUACCCACGGAACAUUCAGAUCAAGCCCAUGAGCACUCACAUGGUCAACCAAGUCAACCAAUACAAAUCCACCAGUAGUCUGAUUCCACCAAUCAGAGAAGUCGAAGAUGAAUGCUGAACCCUUUUGAACUGCUCUUGUUUUCACGAGCACCGUUGGAGGAGCGUUGAGGAAUCGAAGAACUGACAGGUCGGGACCUCCUAUGUGUAUAUCUUUAAUGUUACUUCCAUGCUCUUUGGACAUUGUUUUAUUUAUUGAUGUAUCCAUAGAGAUGUACAUAAUGACAAUCAAACACGCAUUGUACAGCCCCUCCUCCCCCUCCUUAGCACUUUUUGGAAUUAUUAUUAAUUUAGGAUUGGACAGCGACGAGGAUGAAAAGAAGAAAAAGAACAACCAAGGAAGGAGAAGAAAGCCAGUACUUCCUGUAACUCUUUGCAAUAGUUUGUUUGUGACCCGACUCCACUGAGGCUCUAAAGAGGAUGAGGGUUGCAUCGUCAGGACCCAAAGAUCCAAGCGGACUCUUCCAAGCAGCUGGGCUCAUUUCGUUUCUCCAUCCUGUGUACUUCUGUUCUAUUUGCACUAAAACCAAGUUCCCCGCCAAGGAACUGUGGGUCUCGGAUUGGAGACGAGACGGGAUCCCUAACUAUUAGUAAGCUCUUAUCAUCUUUCAUGGACAUGCUUUCAUUCGGCGGGCGGGCUUGUCUGGAGUUAGCUCAGAAAGACCUUGCAUCCGUACCCGAACCCAACCUUGUUUGAACGAGCAGCAGCAGAGAUCACAGAGUUGAUGAAAAGAAAGGCCACGUAUCGCGUAAAAGUGGGCAUGAAGCGGGUCCUCCUUUGACCGCACCGGACUGCCUGGCACGGGGUUGGCGCGGAGGCUUGGAUGUUCUCCGUUGUCAAUCCAGAUGUUUAAAAAAAAAAGACUCUCAGGAGUUAAGCUGCUCUGCGAACGGUUCAAACCUGGUUGGGUGGAAGAUGCAAUGCCAAUCAAGGACAGCUGUGGGGUUUUAGUUUUGUCUACACGAGCUAGUGGUUUUCAAAGUGGAGCCGUACCUCAACUUAAGUGUUUCUCGGUUAAUUGCUACGGUUGCAAGCAAAAAUCUGAGAUACCAGCAUUCCCGCCGUUAGUUGACGUAGCGAAUGGCACAGGGAACUUGCUAAGAGCGACCCUAGAACAACGGGUGUUGCUAACAACACAUUUGUGUUCCAACCACUGGAGCUAAGAACAUGAGUCUGAAGGACAGUGCUGAGAAGAAGCCGAAACGUUGAUUUGAGAUACAAGAGUUCUGAGUUAAGAGCUCCGUCGCAGAACCAAAUAACCACGUAAGUUGAGGUGCUACGAGAAAAUGGUGUUUAAGAAAUAAAAAUCAAUCAAUUUAGCCUUUAAACAUGACCGACGUUAGCUUAGCGACAUGUUUUUCAGGUUGCACUUUGAAAACUGCUGGUCGAAAACUCUUUGCACAUGACUACGAUUUUUUUUGUAUAUUUUUUUCUUACACACCAAGUACUACCGCGACUCACCAUCAUGGUAAUUGUGGCUGGUACUCAUAGGUAAUCGGCUAGUGUUGUAUGAGGUGAGUUCUACGUUUAUAUUAUUAGUGCUGUCAAACUAUAUAUUUUUAAUUUGGAAGAAUUGUGAUUAAUCACAGAAUAUUACUCGGUAGAGAACGAGACUCUGUCCCAGGUGGAGGAGUUUAAGUAUCUCGGGGUCUUGUUCACGAGUGAGGGAAAGAUGGAGAAGGAAAUCAGCCGGAGAAUCGGAGCAGCUGGGGCAGUAUUGCAGUCUCUCUGCCGCACUGUUGUGACGAAACGAGAGCUGAGCCAGAAGGCAAAGCUCUCGGUCUACCGAGCUAUCUACAUUCCUACUCUCACCUAUGGUCAUGAAGUGUGGGUCAUGACGGAAAGAAUAAGAUCGCGGGUACAGGCGGCCGAAAUGAGUUUCCACAGCAAGGUGUCUGGCAUCUCCCUUAGAGAUAGGGUGAGAAGUUCAGUCACCCGAGAGAGACUCGGAGUAGAGCCGCUGCUCCUUUGCUUGGAAAGGAACCAGCUUAGGUGGUUCCGGCAUCUCGUGCGGAUGCCUCACGGGCGUCUCCCUAGGGAGGUCCUCGUUGCACGUCCCACUGGGAGGAGAACCCGCGGCAGGCCAAGGACCAGAUGGGGGGAUUACAUCUCCUCUCUGGCCUGGGAACACUUAGGGAUUCCCCAGGAGGAAGUUGCUAAUGUUGCUCUGGAGAGGGAAGUCUGGGGGUCUCUGCUGGAGCUGUUGUCCCCGCGACCCGAUUCCGGAUAAGCGG